GAAACCAAAACAAAAAAAAGAACUUAAACGUAAUUUUAAAGAGAGGAAAAACCCACCGGCAAAUCAAUAAAACUAAAUUUUACAAAAAUGAUUUCAAGAAUUUCUUUUUAAACCACCCAUUAUUACCCGAUCAUCGGAAAAUCUAUCGGAAAAAACUCACCUUCAUGGCACGUGGCGCUAGAACGAAAUUUACCGUCGCCGGAGCCACACAAUCACCGGUAAACGAGCCGCGAUACCGCGGCGUUAGAAAACGACCAUGGGGUCGUUACGCCGCCGAAAUUCGCGACCCUUAUAAAAAGGCGCGUGUAUGGUUAGGCACCUUUGAUUCCGCUAUUGACGCGGCGCGUGCAUACGACGCCGCCGCCGUCUCCCUCCGUGGCCUCAAAGCCAAAACAAAUUUUCCGGUAACUGGUGUUCAAGAAUCCGAUUAUUUUUUUCAACAAAAUAAUAACAAUAAUAAUAAUUUAAUUAAUAAUAAUAUUAAUCAGUCUUGGCCAACGACGAGUAAUUUAAGCAGCACGGUUGAGUCAACAAGUGGGCCCCGGCCGUCAAAUUUUUCGGCCGCCAACCAGCGAGUAACGGCGGCGCGUGUGGAUGAUGAUUGCCGGAGUAAUUGUGAUUCAUCAUCUUCGGUUGUUGAUGAUUAUUAUGAAGGGGAUAUGACGUCAUGUUCUCGUAAGCCUUUGCCGUUUGAUCUAAAUCAACCUCCACCGUUGGAUGAGAUGGGCGCUUUUUCUUCUAGAAACGAUGCCGUUUCGGAUGAGUUGUUUGUUACUGCUCUAUGCUUAUAGAAUCUUACGAUGAGUUUUUUUUUUUUUUUUCCUUUUUGUUAAUUUCAAGAAAAUCAUUAUGAAAUCUUUGUUUUGUGUUUAGAUUGAUGAUGAUGAAAUAUGUAGAUUAGUGUAAUUUGAGGAUACUACGAGAGAUUUAUAUAAUUUUAUAAUUUGAUAUAUGGAUCUUAAAUUUUGUUAUAA